AUUGUUCUCGAUUUCUCAUUUCGUACGUCAGUUGUUAUUUUAGUGCGCAAGAGUUUGACGCAUGUUACUUUUGUGUGUUUUAGAAUUUAGUAUUGUUGCAUAAAAAUAUAGUGGAAUUCACAAUGUAUUUACCUUUACGCGUGUUAUUAUGCACAAUUUUUGUGAUUUGUUUAUUGGACCCCGUCACAGACGCUAAAAGAAGUUACGGUGGUGGGGGAAGCAGACAUUCAUAUCCGAGCUCUCACGGUCUGUCGGGCUCGCAUUCUUCACAUCGUUACCCUUCAGGUGGAUUAUCUGGUGGAGGACAUUCGUACCCAUCAUCUGGCGGUUUAUCAGGUGGAGGGCAUUCAUACCCGUCAUCUGGUGGUUUGUCAGGCGGAGGACAUUCUUACCCAUCUUCUGGUGGUUUAUCUGGUUCAGGAUCUAAACCACAAAGUCAUGGGUAUCCUUCUUCCGGAGGGAGUCAUUCGUAUCCAAGCUCUGGAGGCCUAUCUGGAUCAGGGUCUAGACCACAAAGUCAUGGAUACCCGAGUUCAGGAAAUACGCAUACAACUUACAAUAGCCACACGACCGUCCAUAAUCACUACCACUACAGUCCGCCACAACAAAUCAGGUAUACAAGUCCAUCUGGUGCAAUGAGCUUUCCUGUAUAUCACAGUCCACCUCCAACUUACGUUUACCAAUACAAGGAUUCAGGAAGUAAAUACGGUACUUUGUUGGCUGGUCUGGCGUUAUUCAACCUUGGUGCUUUGGCUGGCGUUGCAGGCAGCGCUGCUUAUGCACACAGUCAUGGCAGCGGUAGUUCUCAAUACAAACCUCAACCAGGUGAAGUGUGUAAAUUCGGCCUGAGAAAUAACAAUGGUGAUUAUGAAGAAACAAGAAUUGAUUGUCAGAUUAUAACUAGUUUCAUAUUCCAAAGCCAAGGGGGCAAUCAAAACAAUCCAACAAAUAGUGUUGCUAAUAAUACGAGUGUCACAACUACAACCGUGACGAACGUUACGACGGUGAAUGGAAACCCAGAACCGGUACCGCUAACCCCAGUUGGUGGAGAAAUGAUGUUACCAAAUGGCACUUUAGUUCCUGCCAAUACAACAUUGAACGCAGCAACGAACACAUCGACUUCCUCGGUAACAGUAACAACAACGACAACCAAUACAACCAUUACCAAUGCUUUGGACGUGAAAGGAAAACCAAUUGAAGUGACAUCAGGCAUGAAGUGUUAUGUUAUAAGAACCACUCCUGUUAGUAAUAUGAGGAAGACCAUCGACUGCGGCCUUUUGCAAGCGUAUGCUGAUCAAUCAUUAAAGCGAAAUUCAGCGGUACGGAACAUUCCUACUAUAAGUUUAUUGGCUACUUUCAUUUUAACAUUCGUUGUUUAUUGAAACUGUGUAGUAUUUUAAAUAGGUAAGGUUGAAUAUCAAAUUGUAUAUAUUUACCUAUUGCUUGCUAUAAAUAGUUUAUCAUUUUAUCUAUUAAAGUGUAUAAAAAAUAAUAAAAAAAAACAUUGAUUUCCAUUUUAUGAAAGCGUGAUAAACAAUUAGUCAUAAAAAGAAGAUAGUUUCGUAUUUAGUUCUUAAGACACUUUUGCUAGAAUUAGCAUGCAAAAUACAGUUAGAUCUUCUUGUCACGUGUAAUAAAAUGUACUUAAAUACUGUUUAAAUAUACUAUAUUAACAUUUAUUAGGGUAACUAUCUUGAAAUGUCUUUGAAAUUGUGAUAUUUUGUAAUGUUACUAAAACAAAGUAACAGAGUACAUUUUAUAGCAUGACCGUGUAAAAUUAUUUAUUAGGUAAACAAAUGUAUAGGCUAUAAUUCUAUAAUAGGCAGAUCAUACAAUUUAUUAUAACUCGCAAGAGAUUUUGCAGGGGGUUUGAUAUUAUCAAAAUUGAUUUAUUAUGGUCGUGUAUAUGACAUAACUUUUUUCACCGACUGUUUCAUCAUCAUCAUCUUGCCACCCUUUAACUGUCCACUGCUGAACAUAAGCCUCCCUCCUGGAGGGUAACGAGUAGUUGCCACGUUUGGCAGGUGGAUUGGCAAUCACAGUCAGGCUGUAGAGAUAUUUUAAGACGGACGCUGCUGCCUAUCUCUCGCCUUUCCUUAGUCAGCUCUUACGAUAGCUAUGGAAAAGGAAGGAGUGGCCUAUUCUAUUCCAAAGUAACUAGGACAAAAUGGGACUAACAAAGAACUAAAUGGGGAAAUCUGACAUCUGAUUCUGUUAGAUUAGACAGAUAUUUUAUGAUUUAUUAUAGAUUUGUAGUCUAUAGAUUUGUUUACUUAGAAAUAAUAUGUAUGUAUUAUGUAAAAUUUAUAUACACUACUAUUAGACAGCUAUAAAGAGUUCUAUCAAAUUUACAACGCGGUUUGUUAAAGAUAAAAAACCUUAGCACUAAAUUAAAAGUAAUAAGUUUGUUAUGUGUUAAAUAAUACGAGUAUUUAUCUGUGUACCCAACGUCAUUCAAAUAAGUCCAGCCAUUUAAGCGUGAUCGAGCAACGAAAAAUCAUAAAGUCAUCUUCGACAAACUUUUAGCCAGAUUAGAAUGUACACACAUUUAUUUAAACUUGCAUAUUUUCUUUUGCAUUGAAAAUGUUGUGAUAUAAGAAUUUAUUAAUAUACAUAUAUAAGGCAUAACAAAAUGCUCGAGAAAUCAGAAAUAUAGGUGCAAUAUUUACAAACUUUUAACUUCCAAAGUAACAAUGGGUUGAAAUAUGAUCAGGCGGUCUACCAUUAAAUGAAAUUCCGACCCAGUAAAUGGAGCUUAACAUUUCGUUCAUCAUAAAUCCUAUCCUAAUAGUCCAGAGGAACGAUAUUUUAACAUUUUCAAUAAUUUUAAACGGCAUGUAUUAUGUAAUUUUAACAUCAAAUUUCUGUUUCUUUAGUCUCCGAAAUUUCGGAAAAUAUUUCAUGGUAGGCUCUCAGGUGUGUAGUUUGUGUAAGGUUUAAAAUUUGAUUUUACAUUGCAUUUCAGUUUGUCAAAAAUGAAGUUAUAGUAAAAAAAAAGUGUAUAUCACGAACGCGCCGAAUAUGAAAUUUGGACAUUAUGCUAAUUAGCACCACUAUGAUAUUUGCAAACGCUUCCGCGUGAAAAACAAACACUACUUUAGAUAUAAUAGUAUAUAUACCUGUAAUGUUAUUAAAAUUUAUUUUUUGUACUUGAGCUAAUGUCUUAUUAUAUAAAGACAUAAAACUCAGGUUUAUUUUCAGAAAUUAAUAAUUUUGCAAAAUGUUAAAUGUUGCAUUUUAAAGACUUAUUUGAAAUAAAGAUCUCUAAUUUAA